AUGGUCCAAUCCUGUGAGGAAGUUCGGGAAACCACGAACAAAAUGAAUUUUUCUACUGGUCAAUCUCAUCACAGUAGAGUGUUUGUGUUUGUAUGGGUUUUCGUCGUAUUCAUUCCUCUUUGUUCUGCUAUCUACGCAGAAGAUCCAUCGGUUCAAGAACUGGAUAUGUUUGAAUGGUCGUCCGGGAUACGAGUAGCAUACUGCGUCGAUGCACCGCUCCCAGAUCUACUUUCUCCAUUUCGAAGAACAUUUUCGAAAGUGGCGACAAAAUACUGCCAUAAUAUAACAGCUUGUAAUUCAAAGAAACAGUUAGUUUUUGGACCUGAACACAUUAUGUUCGUUGAUGGGUUUCCUAGAAGGGAAUACGGUGCAAUCCACAUUAAAUUUUAUGUGGUUUUCCCUCACAACUCAGAAGCAGCAUCAAAACAACCUCGUCCAUUAUUGCCUAGAGCUGUGCUAUCAGACAUUAUUUCCAAACAUCUUAACGAGCUAUCAAAUCGUCUGGGCUGGUCAAUCAUCAGCUACGAGAAGUAUCCUAGAUUCGACUCAAUGACUGAAUUUAUGAAUAUUGCUAUUAUUCCAAUAGUUAUAUUCUCAGUUCCACUUAUGAUCUUUCUCGCUUACUGGACUUCUUCGUUGAGACCUAAUUUAUCUUCUGAAGCGUGGCUUGUGACAGGAGCGACAGGAGGGAAGAAUGCAGCGCUUAGAAGGACAAUGGAAAUCAUCGCUGAACAGAAUGCGGAGAUUGACAGACAAAAUCGGUUAGAACUCACAAAACACAUGAUCAUCACAGGAGGACACGAAGGAGUUACUUCAACUGGUCAACUCCUCCUGAAUGUUGCGAGGUUAUCCAUGGCGUCCACCACACAGCAAGCUGCGGUUCCGAGUGAUUCUCGCUCAUCUCCAACCCAGAUGACGUCUUCUCCACAGAUUGUUGUCAUUCCAUCAGACAGUGAUAAAAGCGACAGUAGUAAAAAUAGAGCUAUUUCACCACGUGAAAGCAUCUCGACUAUUCAAGUUCCAGCUUCACAGCUGCUCAGUGUGGCCAAGUCGAGCCGUAAACAUUCUCGCCGUCAAUCUUCCGUAGAAGAUGCAAAACAGGUGAGACGAGCACGAGGUUACCGAUCGCAUUCACAGAUGAAACCAUGGAAAGCUGGCAGUCUUAUGCUUGGUGGAUUUAGUCGUAGAAACAUGGAGUGA